ACCAUCGUCCUCCUCUCGAGUCGCAAGGCCUUGCCUCCCGUCUACAUGGACAAAGUGAUUGACCUCCCGCCCACCCACAAACCCCCCCCACCCUACUCUGAGAGGCCACCUCUCACCCAAGUGACAUCCAACCCCGCCCAGUUGCACAGAGUGAACCGGCAGUCCAGGAUGACAGAUAAGGCCACGUCUGAGACGGGAGUCCUCCAGGAGACCAUGUUUGUAAGGGGAGCUCAAAGGCAGGCCAGGUCUGCAACAGGAACCCAAAGGCAGGCCGCAUCUGUGAAGGGAGCCCUGCUGGAGGCAAUGCCUGGAACGGGAGCUCAAAGGCAGGCCGUGUCUGCAAGGGGAGCCCUCCAGGAGGCCAUGUUUGUAAGGGGAGCUCAAAGGCAGGCCACGUCUGCAACAGCAGCCCAAAGGCAGGCCGCAUCUGCGAAGGGAGCCCUGCUGGAGGCCAUGCCUGCAACGGGAGAUCAAAGGCAGGCCAUGUCUGCAAGGGGAGCCCUCCAAGAAGCUGCAUCUGUAAGGGGAACCCAAAGGCAGACCAAUCGGGGCCCUGCCUGCGAGCCACUGUCUUAUCAGGAAUGGGUGUGUCACCAUGAUGGGACCGACCGCGUCUACAUCAACCACCGCGAGCACUACGUGUGAUUACCCCCAUCGCGUCAAUAGCAUCCCCCCUAGCCCCCCCCCCCACCCCUUCUCCUUGACUCGCCGUGACACCAGCUAUGUAGUGGUCCAGAUGUUCAGGAUGCCUUAGUGAACCCAAAAGGUCUUACCUGCCCUCAACAACCAGCAGAAGUCUACAAAGCAGUAGACCUGGUGGGCUUUAAUCGGCAUAAUAACAUAUCUAUAGCGCAGCUCCCCAUAUGCCCAGUGUUAUGGAACAUAGUCCAGUUUAUUCAGUAAAACCCAGUAUAAGCUUGGAUCUAGUCUAGUCUACUCUCAGCCCAAGUUUCAGUUUACUCCAUUUGCCGAAACAGCUAACAGAUAAGAACACAAAUAGACACUAAUCUACACAAACUCAGGGUAAAAAUGAAGAAAAAAGCCAUUUUUUAAUUACACAAAAUUAAAUGGCUGAUCUGUUCCCUGUUCUGAUGGACCUCGUAAUCAUCAGGACACUGCUGGACAUCUUACACUCACAUUUAUCAGUAACGUUCACAUUAAAGUGUACAACUGAGCCCAAAAGUAGUUUCUGUCUGCAAAACCAGUAGGAAUGCAGCUAAGCCAACUGUACCUGUUCCUAGAGGGUUAUCCCCAACCGUAGAUAGCCAACUGUUAAGACAACUGGCCGUUCAGUAAUUUAGUCAUUGUCAAUAAGGUUCUCAGGUUUCAGGGUGAUGCUACUGAACCCACAAACAACACCUGGACAACAUUCCUCUGCUGAAAGCCUCUUGAAUAAGCAGCUAUCAAAACAGAAAGGCUUUAAGAGAACUAAUCCUCAACGAACAGGUGAUUUAAAACAAUGGGGGCUUCCGUGACUAUAGUGCACUAUAUUUGUUUCAGCUAAUCACGUCAUUACUGAAGUUUGACUGGGCUCUUACAAAAUAAUCAUUCAGAUGUAGUAAUUGCUGUGUGUUUCUAUGAUAUUCCAAAAGAAAAGUAUUAAUUACCAGCUUUGUGAAUAAAGAAAUUGAGUGUGUUACCUUAAAUGAUUUUGAUUGCUUUGCAGACCUUAAACAACAUCAAGCUUAAUUGUAUAAGGACUAUGAAAUCUAUAUAAUAAUGUAAUGAUAAUGAUCACAAAUUGACACUCUGAUUAAACAUUCAAAAACUGACAUCUUAAAAUAUAUUUUAAAAAAAGGUUUAUGAAUGUCAGAAUAAAUCAGAAUUCAGUCAGCUGCAGUCUGGCCAAGUGAAUUAAAACUUCAGCUGAAAAAAAAAGGUGGUAUUUACAGGGGUCCCGCAGAAUGUGGAUGAAGCUGGUGGAAUCGUCAUCUUUUUCUGUCUACAUACAAUGCCUGGCUUCAAAUAAAAAAAAAAUUCAACUACACUGAACAGUGUAGCUGUCACUCAAACCUGAGGUAAUGUGAAUGAGGACGACAGGAAGUUCCUUGAAGUCGAGGUGAUGUCGUUUCCUGUUAUUCUAAAAGUGUACAGUGAUUGAAGACCAUACAACUCGAAGUAUUUCAUUGCUCUACUUUACUUCAUAUGGUAAGAAGUAGUUCACCUUGCUGCAUUGUAGCAAUAAGCCUGUACUGUUUUUUUUUGAGCAAAAAUUUUUUUAGUGAAUUUCUUUCUGUUUAUAUCUUUGUAGUAUAUUUUAUUAUUCUUUUUAUAUGCCAUGUAAAUAUAUUUCCUGAUAAUUGUUUUGUUUUG